ACCAUGGGGAAAUCCAACAGCAAGUUGAAGCCUGAAGUUGUGGAGGAGCUGACCAGGAAAACGUACUUUACGGAGAAGGAGGUGCAGCAGUGGUACAAGGGCUUUAUCAAGGACUGCCCCAGCGGGCAGCUCGAUGCCGCCGGCUUUCAGAAGAUCUAUAAGCAGUUCUUCCCCUUUGGCGACCCAACCAAAUUCGCCACCUUUGUUUUCAAUGUCUUCGACGAGAACAAAGAUGGGAGGAUCGAGUUUUCGGAGUUCAUCCAGGCGCUGUCGGUCACCUCCCGGGGGACGCUGGACGAGAAGCUGAGGUGGGCGUUUAAGCUGUACGACUUGGACAACGACGGGUACAUCACGAGGAACGAGAUGCUGGACAUUGUGGAUGCGAUAUAUCAGAUGGUGGGAAACACAGUGGAGCUUCCUGAAGAGGAGAAUACACCGGAGAAGAGGGUGGAUCGGAUUUUUGCCAUGAUGGACAAGAAUGCGGACGGGAAGCUGACGCUGCAGGAGUUUCAGGAGGGCUCCAAGGCCGACCCCUCCAUCGUGCAGGCGCUCUCCCUCUACGAUGGGCUCGUAUAGUCCCGGGGCCGAGCGGCGAUGCCUGGGGGAAGACGCUCUCCGUGCCAUCCGACCACCGCCGCGCGAAGCUUGCCUGUCCCUCUCGGCCUUCCUU